CUUUGCUGAGAGAGAGAGAGCACCAAGAUAAAGCAACUGCUGUUUGUUUUGUCUAGUCAAGGGAGAGCCAAGGCAACCAAUAUUUUGGGUUUCUUUUAUUUCGUUUGUGAAAGAUUAUUUAAGAAAGGGUGUCGAGGGGAAGUUUCCUGACAGGAAUUUUUAAAGCUGUCUAUUAGCAGACGAGCAGGAGAGUCUUGGAUGUCAACGCCUGACAAACUCUUGAGACUAGCUACCAAACCACGAAAAGUGAUUUUCUUUCUGAGUCUUUUCUCCGGCCCUUCCGAUGGAAGCAGAAACGGGGAGCACCAUGGAGACCGGAAAGGGCACCAGUCGAGGCGUUCGAAUUGCACUGGCCCUGUUUGUUGUUGGCACCCUGGUCCUGGGCACACUGCUCUUCCUAGUGAGUCAAGGUCUCCUAAGCUUCCAAGCUAAACAGGAGUACUGUCUGAAGCCAGAGUGCAUAGAAGCCGCUGCUGCCAUCAUGAGCAAAGUAAAUCUUUCUGUGGAUCCUUGUGAAAAUUUCUUCCGGUUUGCUUGUGAUGGCUGGAUAAACAAUAACCCGAUUCCUGAAGAUAUGCCAAGCUUUGGGGUUUAUCCUUGGCUCAGACACAAUGUUGACCUCAAGCUGAAGG